AUGGGAGGUGUUACCCUGGUGAGUUUCUCCAGCAUGGACAACCCUGAUGACAAAGGAGUCAUAGGUUCCCUGUGGUCACUGGCGGGGGCGGCACUGUACGCUGUCUACAUUGUCAUGAUCAAAAGACGAGUGGAUCGGGAGGAUAAGCUUGACAUCCCCAUGUUCUUUGGGUUUGUGGGUCUGUUCAACCUGCUGCUGCUGUGGCCGGGCUUCCUCCUGCUCCACUACACGGGCUUCGAGGCCUUCGAGCUUCCCAGCCAGCUGGUGUGGACGUACAUCCUCAUUAACGGCCUCAUUGGAACCGUUCUCUCAGAGUUCCUCUGGCUCUGGGGUUGCUUCCUCACAUCAUCUCUAAUCGGGACUCUGGCACUGAGCCUCACCAUCCCGCUCUCUAUAAUGGCAGAUAUCUGCAUGCAGAAGGUGCGUUUCUCGUGGCUGUUUUUCGUCGGGGCAGUCCCCGUCUUCCUCUCUUUCUUCAUCGCCACACUCCUAUGCCACUACAACAACUGGGACCCUGUCCUGGUGGGGCUGAGGAGAGUAUACGUCUUCAUCUGCAGGAAGCAUCGCAUUCAGAGGUACAGAGUGACUGUAGGUGACACAACACCCUGUGACAGCCAUAUUAGUGCUCGUCAGCUCAGAAACUGGCUAAGCAGCUGAUUGCAUUACCCAUGUUACAUUUGUGCCUGAGCUAACAUGAAUACAACCUGUAGUGACAAGCCACAUCACAUACCUU